UAAAGGAGACCGAAGCAGAUGGAGGAACAACAACAACAACAACAACAACAACACAGGAGAUGGAAGCUUUACCUGCGAAAUGUUCCCAGCGAUAAUCCCAGUUUUCUACAUGGCUGCCUGCGUAACAGCAGGCUGCUCUACAUACAUAGAUCUGUGGCUGCUCUGCAUGCAUGGAUCUACGGCUGCUCUACAUGCAUGGAUCUAUGGCUGCUGAGGCACAGGACCUCCGUCCGUGGACCUUUCAGGGAUCCUGGAUGUUUUUAUUGUGCAGAAAGUUUGACCUAGAUCCGCCUGCUUGUUCCUCAGCCUCUAUAUUUCCCUUCCAGGUGACUGACUGAUCCUCCUGAUGCAGGAUGCCAUCAUACAGGAUCGAGCAAAGCAGGGAUUCAGCCCAUAGUUUGGAUUUACUCCUGCUUCAUUUGACUCUUUAAUGGACGUCUUCUGUAUUGAGAAUGAAAGAUGCAGGUUUAGAGAGAGUGAAUGAAAUCAGGGAAAGCGAAGGAGGACGGUGAAGAUCAGGUCCAAGAUGCUUCAGACUGGAAACUAUUCCCUGGUUCUGCUGGUCCAACUGGUGCUGCUGACCUAUGACCUCUUUGUGAACUCGUUCAGUGAACUUCUGAGAAGAGCUCCUGUCAUCCAGCUGGUGCUUUUCAUCAUCCAGGACAUCGGCAUCCUCUUCAACGUCAUCAUCAUCCUCCUGAUGAUGUUCAACACCUACGUGUUCCAGGUGGGCCUGGUUUCUGUCCUGCUGGGCAGAUUUAAGGCUCUGCUGCUCUUCUCUGCUCUCUACCUGACCCUCAGCAUCUGCUUCCACUGCUGGCUGCUGAACCUCCGAUGGUUGGACUCCAACCGUUUCGUGUGGACAGACGGUCUCCUGGCUCUCUUUGUUUUCCAGAGGACAGCGGCCGUGUUCUACUACUACUUAUACAAGCGCACAGCCGAGCACAUGGGGGACCCAAGGCUCUACGAGGACUCCAUGUGGCUCAGGGAGCAAUUCGCCAGAGCUCGCCAGUGACGGCGGGAGGAGACGACCAGACUGGGCAGGCUGAUGGAGGACUGGGAGGACCAUUGAGGACCAGACUGGGCAGGCUGAUGGAGGACUGGGAGGACCAUUGAGGACCAGACUGGGCAGGCUGAUGGAGGACUGGGAGGACCAUUGAGGACCAGACUGGGCAGGCUGAUGGAGGACUGGGAGGACCAUUGAGGGGGACCUGUUAUCCUUGCAGUCUGACGUUGGUCUGAAAUGUGUUGGAAUAUAAGAAGAGGAUGGAUGGUCAGAGAAGGACUGAUGUUUACUGGCUGCUUGCUGUGAGCGCGGCGCUGUGAGCGCGGCGCUGGCAGGCGAGCCACAGGCGGCUCAUGAGGACCAGCAUUCAUCAGGAUUCAGCCUGUUCAUCUUUGUGGCCUUUUAAAAUAAUCAACCAGACUUCCUGCAAAUGAACGAAUGGUUCAACUUUAGUCUGCCUUCAUGUUCUGUCCUGUUUUCUACCCAUCCACCCCCUUAGCAGCUGUACCCCCCCCCCAGGCUGCCUUAGUGCUGUUUACAUGUUAAACAUGAAUUAAACCAGACAUCUGAUGUGCAUUCUCUACAGGUUUCUAGUUGGAUUCUUCUAAUUUUGUAUUAAAUAAUCCUUGUGGAA